GCAGCCGCCGCCGCCGCGUGUGCCUGAUGCCUCGGAGGGUAACCCCCCCCUCCCUGGCCAUUGGCUUGCCCUGCGCCGGGCUCCCCCCCUCACUCUUUUGCUUGAUCAUGUCCAGCCCCCGAUGACUGUCCAUUGGCGUGGCGCAGUCCUUCCCUCCUCCCCUUCCCUCCAGUUUCGCCCUGCCCAUGUUUUCUAUGUCUGUGUCCAUCCAGUCGCUUGACGUUCAAGUUCGUAGGGACGUCACGUCCGCACUUGAACUUGCAGCUCAGGGGGGCUUUUUGCCAUUUUUUUCAUCUCUCUUUCUCUCUCUCUCUCUCUCUCCUUUCUCUCUCUCCUUUUUUUCUCCCUCUCUCCCUCUUGCACAGAAAGGGGGAAAAAAGCAAAAGAAAAAAAAGCAAAGCCAUGACUGCUAUCCCACAAUUCAUCUUCCCCGCGCCAUCUUUGUAUUAUUUCUAAUUUAUUUUGGAUGUCAAAAGACAUUGAUGAAGAUAUUUUCUCUGGAGUCUCUUUCCUUGCUCACCCGGCGCUUCCCGAUGUGAUCCGAGCGAGAGAGCUCCGCGCGCGCCCGCCCGAGCCACCAACACCACGAUGUCUCGCCGCAAGCAAGGGAAACCCCAGCACUUAAGCAAACGGGAAUUUUCACCCGAACCUAUCGAAGCCAUUCUCACGGAUGACGAACCAGAUCAUGGUACGUUGGGAGUUCCAGAAGGGGACCACGACCUCCUUACCUGUGGCCAGUGUCAGAUGAACUUUCCUUUGGGGGACAUCCUUAUUUUUAUUGAGCACAAACGGAAGCAAUGCAAUGGCAGUCUUUGCCUAGAGAAGGCUGUGGAUAAGCCCCCUUCGCCCUCGCCGAGCGAGCUGCGAAAAGCAUCCAAUCCCGUGGAGGUUGGCGUCCAGGUCACACCCGAGGAUGACGAUUGUUUGUCAACGUCAUCUAGAGGAAUUUGCCCUAAACAGGAACAUAUAGCAGGUAAAGAUGAACCCAGCAGCUACACAUGUACAACAUGUAAACAGCCAUUCAACAGCGCCUGGUUUCUCUUGCAACACGCACAGAACACUCAUGGAUUAAGAAUCUACUUAGAAAGUGACCACGGAAGCCCCCUAACACCGCGGGUUGGUAUCCCAUCAGGACUAGGUGCUGAAUGCCCUUCACAGCCACCACUCCACGGGAUCCACAUUGCAGACAAUAAUCCCUUUAACCUCCUUAGAAUACCCGGAUCGGUUGCAAGAGAAGCUUCGGGUCUCGGAGAAGGGCGCUUCCCUCCUACGCCGCCUUUGUUUAGUCCCCCUCCAAGGCAUCACUUGGAUCCACACCGCAUAGAACGCCUGGGUGCCGAAGAAAUGGCCCUUGCAACCCAUCACCCCAGUGCCUUUGACAGGGUGCUGCGACUCAACCCCAUGGCCAUGGAGCCCCCAGCAAUGGAUUUCUCCAGGCGGCUUCGGGAGUUAGCUGGAAACACCUCUAGUCCGCCAUUGUCACCGAACCGGCCCAGUCCUAUGCAAAGGUUACUGCAACCAUUCCAGCCAGGCAGCAAGCCACCCUUUCUGGCCACGCCGCCUCUCCCUCCUCUUCCCGCUCCUCCCCCUUCCCAGCCUCCCGUCAAAUCCAAGUCCUGUGAAUUUUGUGGGAAAACCUUCAAGUUUCAGAGCAACUUAGUUGUCCACCGCCGGAGCCACACUGGAGAAAAACCUUACAAGUGCAACCUUUGCGACCACGCGUGCACUCAAGCAAGCAAGCUAAAGCGCCACAUGAAAACCCAUAUGCACAAAUCCUCCCCAAUGACAGUGAAGUCUGAUGAUGGCCUCUCCACGGCCAGCUCCCCAGAGCCUGGAACCAGUGACCUUGUUGGCAGUGCUAGCAGUGCCCUAAAAUCCGUAGUGGCCAAGUUUAAGAGUGAGAAUGAUUCCAAUAUGAUUCCAGAAAAUGGGGAUGAAGAAGAAGAGGAGGAGGAGGAAGAGGAAGAAGAGGAAGAGGAAGAAGAAGAGGAGGAUUUGACUGAAAAUGAACGGCCAGACUAUGGGUUUGGCAUUAAUCUAGAAGCAGCUCGUCACCAUGAGAACAACUCCCGGUCUGUCGAUGAGAACCGCUCCAUACCGGAUGUCAUGCAAGGGAUGGUUCUGAGCUCCAUGCAGCACUUCAGCGAGGCCUUCCAUCAGGUCCUUGGAGAGAAACAUAAACGAGGGCAUUUGUCCGAAUCUGAGGUACAUAGAGACACUUGCGACGAAGACUCAGUAGCUGGUGAAUCUGAUCGCAUCGACGAUGGGGCUAUUAAUGGUCGGGGGUGUUCCCCUGGUGAAUCUGCCUCUGGAGGUUUGUCUAAAAAGCUGCUCUUGGGUAGCCCGAGCUCCCUAAGUCCUUUCUCCAAACGCAUCAAACUUGAAAAGGAGUUUGACCUUCCCGCAACAGCUAUGCCUAACACUGAAAAUGUUUACUCCCAGUGGCUAGCUGGGUACGCUGCCUCUCGGCAGCUAAAAGAUCCAUUCCUCAACUUUGGAGACUCCCGACAAUCGCCUUUUGCUUCCUCCUCUGAACACUCCUCCGAAAACGGAAGUUUACGCUUCUCGACGCCUCCUGGGGAGAUGGAUGGAGGGAUAUCAGGCCGCAGCGGUACAGGAAGUGGAGGGAGCACCCCGCAUAUUAGUGGUCCAGGCCCUGGAAGGCCUAGUUCAAAAGAGGGCAGACGCAGCGACACUUGUGAGUACUGUGGGAAAGUCUUCAAGAACUGUAGUAACCUCACUGUCCACAGGAGGAGCCACACUGGGGAAAGGCCUUAUAAAUGUGAGCUGUGUAACUACGCGUGCGCCCAGAGUAGCAAACUCACCAGGCACAUGAAAACGCAUGGUCAGGUGGGGAAGGACGUUUACAAAUGUGAAAUUUGUAAGAUGCCUUUUAGCGUGUACAGUACCCUGGAAAAACACAUGAAAAAAUGGCACAGUGAUCGAGUCUUGAAUAAUGACAUAAAAACUGAAUAGAGGUAUAUUAACAUGUCCCCCUUCUCCUCCCUUUCCCCAACCGACUCCCCCCCACCCCACCCCACCCCGGUGUAGAGAUUUUCUAGUCCCUUGUGAGUAAAAUAAUGGAAGCUAAGGAUGAUAUUAAGAAAGUGCUAGUCACCAGCACACCUGUUUUCAUUUUCAUUUUUUAUUUUUUUAUUUUAUUUUUUCCUCUUUUUGUUUCUGUUUCCACCAUUUGAAUGCAUGAUCUGUAUUGGGGGCAAUACUACGCAAACUUUGAGCCUUUCUCUUGUGCAAUAAUUUACAUGUUGUGUAUGUUUGUUAAUUUUUUUAAAAAAAAUUAGACAGCAUGUAUGGUAUGUUAUGGCUGUUUUUUUAAAAAAAUUGUCCCUUGAUUGGUUGCUGAGCAAACAAAAUGAUAAUACCCACCCACCCACCCAAAUACUAACUCAGACAGCUAUGUGCCCAUUUCCUGUAAAGUUCCAGGAAAAAGAGGGGGGGAGGGAAAAUCAGAAUAACAAAAACAUUUUUUAACAGAACCAACCAUGCUACGUGAAUUCUGUGACACAUAUCAUGUACAGUUUUGUUUUGAAAUGUAUAGGGGCAAUGUUCUUUGAAUUAACCCUCUCUGGACAGAUGGAUAACACUGAAAAGGGAAAAGGGAAUUCCAUGGUGUUAUCUCAAUUUCUGUCUUUAAAAGGAUGUUAACGUAUCAGUUGUUUGUGUGGUGGGGGAGGGAAGGGAAAAAGUAGGCCUUUAAUUGAAAAAUAAGGACAUAAAAGAAAAAAGGUAAAUUUGUACUAUCAUUUGGUUUAAGAAAUGGAAAUCCGAGUGCCUUGAAUCUAUUUAAGCCAUGUUGGUGGCAACCCUACUUGUUCUAAACUUGUAGCUCAACUUUCGCACUGGGCAAUGUAAACGAGUCCUUUAGGACCUAGCCGAUAACUCUAUAUUGUAUUUCUCACAACAGUGGCUACCUAAAUCAAAUAAUUAAGAAAGGAAACCCAAUACGUCCUAGUUAAUCAUCAUUCGAUCCGACCCAUGCACUCCUGUUCCAACUAACCUCCGCCCAAAGUCACCUAAUUCAAAGGGUUGUAGCCAAUCUUAGUCCUACUUAAGAGUAGUUCUGUUGAAAAGAAUGGACAAGACUAAUUUAAGUGCAUUGAUUUCAGAGGAUUUACUCUGAGUAAACUUAGUUGAAUACAACCCAGAUUGAUUCCCCUCCAGAGUGUUGAAACAUCCCGGGACCAUUGCAGAUGAACGUUCUCUCAUCCUGUUACCCAACCAGUACCCUGUCUCCCUCUCUUUGCCCCGCCCCCUUGCGUUUUUGAGAUUCUGAUCAUUAUUCUGAUGAUUAAAAAAUAAGAAGAAAACGAAUGUGAAAAGUGCAGAAGGCCUUGAAAGAUGAUUAAAUACACUAGGAAGAAAAUUCAUGUUUUGAAGAUUUUACCUAUAUCUUUUAGUGAUUCUGGCACACAAAAGGACACAAAACCUAAAAGGAAGAAGAAUGAAAAUAAGUAAAUAUCCAAGUUAAGUUGGUUGUCAACUUGACAAUCAAAUUAGAAACGUACAACCUUGCAUACCUACCGCAUAUCGAUCUAUUGAUCUCUCUCUAUAUAUAGGGAAAGACAUAUAAAACAGUCCAGCAAUAAUAUUUUACGGAGUGUAACACAUAGCAAAAAAUAAAAAUAAAAUAAAAUAAACAUACAGUGAUGUAUUAGCACAAUGUGGUACUGCUUGCCAUUUAAAACUAAGAACAGGUUAUAAGCUAAUAUUGAUAUGAUGAUUAACUAUGAACUAUUAAGAUUUGCCUUGAAGUGUGACAUUCUGAAAAAGAAGAGAGAAAGAUAAUUUAAAAAGAGUAGCAGAGUGUAUGUCUGUGCUCCCUAAAAGUUGUACUUCAUUUUGUUUCUUUUUACCAUAUGCUAUGUGCUCGUUGUGUUGACAUGGGAAAAGGAUUCAUUGUUUUUAUGAUUAAGCUAGGAUCUGCCCCGUUGGAUGUUCACAUAGCACUUGACUCUGCCUGUCGUGUAUGUCUCUUUUUCCUUUAAUCAGAGGUACACAGGUUGAGUAUAAAAAAACUUUUUAAGACUGCUCAGAUAGGACAAUUUAAAUGCACUGUACAAUUUUCCCAGUUUACAGGUCUCUAUACUUUUAAGGGAAAAAUUGCAAGAUUAAUGAAAAAAGUUAAAAAAAUAUAUAUGAGCAUGAUCUCAUGAUGAGCAUAUAAAAAACUUUGCCAGCUUGCCGUUUUACUUGACUUAAUGACUGGGGCUCAACAUUACGGCGCUGUGAAUGGGAACAGGUCGUACAAUUAUAUAAAAAAUAACGAAUGAUUGCUCUCACUCCUACAGUGCAAGGAUGGGUUUGGUUUUUUUGUACAAAACUUUUUAAAAUAUAAAUGUUAUGAUUUUUUUUAAAAAAACAAAACAAAAACACUUCAUUUUGUUUAGGGGAGAAAAAAGCAAACUUGUAUUUUAGGGUUCAUUGUCUUGGUGGUGUACAAGACCUGCUCUUCAUUGAAAACCAGUAGUGGAAAAUCCUAUGCCUUGGUUAUAUACACAACUCUUCAGGUUGUAAAAUAAAUACAUUGGGGAAAGGGUUAAGAAUAUAUAGUACUUAAAAUAUAGGAAAAUGCACACUCCUGUUGGUUCCUAUGCUAAAAAGAAGAGAAAACAAACAAACAAGAAGAAAAACACAUUUAUGGUCUCUUUUUUCUGUAAUUUCUAGAAUGGUAUUUGAAUUUAAUGUUCACCUAGAGUAGGCACUAUAGUAUUUAUAAUGAAGCUUGUAUUUUUAACUGUUGCUUGUUUCUCUUUGAAAAGAAAGAAAAGGUAUCAUUGUACCUUUUUUUUUGGUAGUGGAAAAACACACACACAUACACACACAAAACAAACAGGCUGCCACAGUAUAUUUUUUUAAUUUGGCAGGAUAAUAUAGUGCAAAUUAUUUGUAUGUUUGAAAAAACCAUUUUUUUUUUAGAAGAAAAAGUGUGACAUUGUACAGAUAAGAGGCCAUAUAAUGGCUGUUUUGGGGGGGGGUUGUGGGGUGGGGAGGAAAAAAAAGAGAGAAAGAAUCUGUUUGAAUGUCGCACUAAAUGAGCGUUGCAGAUGGUUGUACAUAUCAAAGGGGGUUACUUUUCUUUCCGCUGCCAUAUUGUAUGCAGUAAUGCAAGGUGAUGAUGUUGGUUUGUUCCGUAGUGUGCUCUUUCGUCCCCUUUUUUCUUCUUCUCUUAACCCUUUACAUUCCAGCAUCUUUAAAAAUAAAAAUCUUCAUAUGCAGUAAAAGGAGAAAAAAAAUUAAAAAAAAAACUAGAAUGAAAGGAAGAAAAAAAAAUUAAAAAGUUCCGCAGGUUUUUUUUCCAUUGCCAAAAAGAAAAAAAAGUUAAAUGGUGCUUUAUAUAUUUAGAUCGGAAAGGAUUUCAUAUGCAAAGCAUAUUAAAA